GCUUACAGGAAAGUCGAGACGAUGUGUGAAUCUAGGUUCUUACAACUACCUGGGGUUUGCAGAGAACAAAGGCCCUUGUGCAGAUGCUGCAGCAGAGGCCCUGCAGCAGUACGGAGCAGGAGUCUGCAGCACCAGACAGGAACUGGGGAACUACAGAAUCCAUGAGGAACUGGAGGAGACAACUGCCAGGUUCCUGGGUGUGGAGGAUGCUGUCACCUUCGGCAUGGGUUUUGCCACCAACUCCAUGAACAUUCCAGCCCUCAUGGGUGGAAAGGUCAACUCAGGAUCAAGCAGCUGGCAGCCAACUCCAAGUACUUCCGUCAGCGGCUAGUGGAGAUGGGGUUCAUUGUUUAUGGAAAUGACGACUCACCCAUCGUGCCUGUUCUCCUCUACAUGCCUGCAAAAAUUGCAGCUUUUAGCCGGGAGCUGUAUCAGCAGAAUGUGGGGGUAGUGGUUGUGGGUUUCCCUGCCACUCCUCUUGUGGAGUCCCGAGCACGUUUCUGUCUGUCUGCUGCCCACACACGAGAAAUGUUAGACAAGGUUCUGGAUGCCAUCAGUGAUGUUGGAGACCGCCUGCAGCUGAAGUACUCCCUCAACUCACCAGUAAAGGCCGUGUCUGCUGAGGAGUGCUACAGCCAGGUGGACAGUCUGGCACACAAGGCUUGAUGUGUGCAGAAACGGGUUACAAUGUACUUGUCUGAUGCAGUCUUGCAAAUGCAGUUUGUUGGUUACAGACACUCUGUCUGUGCAGUUCAGACACUGACAUUCUUUUUGCAGUAGCAAACUUUUGUAUAUCUUUGGAGGGACCUCCCUGAAAAGGUCACAAAUGCAGCACAAGAAGCAAAUAUUUCACUACAUCAUUGUGUACCAUACUUACACUCUUACGAUCUGUUAAUAGUUGAUGACAGAAACAAGUUAUUAUAAUAGCAAUGGUAUGCACAUUUUCCAAUUUUUUUAAAUUAGAAAGGAUUUUGUGUGUGACGUUACAUGGUGGGGAUUUUAUUAUGAAGAGGGGGUGAUAGAUGACAGGCCAUUCGGUAACUUUUAUGUUUCUUUGUUGAAAUAAUACUUGUACUUGUAAAUGCUUGUUUUGAGAUUAGAGGUAUGCUUAUCCUGAUAGGAGAUAUUUCCAACAGUAUCUAAAACAUUUCAGAGCCAGUGUUUUCACGACAUACCAGUACACUGUUUACAUUUGAAAUAUUCACACUAACAGAUGUCUAUAAUUCAAUAAACAUGUGAUUUAAUGGUGUUGAUCAGUACCUAUCCAAAAGUAUUAUUUUAGUAUUCAAGCUGUAUUGUAUAGUCAUCCACAUGUCUACAGCAUUUCCAGUGUCACCAAGGCUUUAAGGUUUUGCUGUUUGAACUCACAAGAUGAUUCAGCGUCAACAGACUCACGUACAUGUAUCAUGGUGGAAGAAAACUGACACAAAACAUUUGGCAACUUGAAUGUGAUUGAUUGUCAUUACUAGUAUUGUGUCUCUUGUUGUUGGAAAGAGGAAAUAAUUUUAACACAGUGCUAAUUGUAAAAAAAAAAUUGACAGGAUAUGAUCAAAUUGUUGUUGCCAAAUUAGUGUUAGAUUUAUUUAUUAUGUGUGCUGUAGUUAUGUUGCUGUUGCUUUGUCAUGUGGAGCUUUACUUGAAAGAUAGCUAAAGAAAGCUGUUAUAAAUUUUGGAAUAAACAUAAAAUUUGAUACUUUUGACAACCAUGGCAGCUACAUAAGAGGGUGAGUAAUUUUUCAUCAAAUGUGAUGAAGUUUUAAAAAAGGUAAAUAGAUAUCUCAAUUUGUUGUUCAGAUUAUCACUAUAUGAUUUAAUUUCAUUUGGUGAAAAAAAGCAUGUUAUAAAACCACUUGCAUUACUUUUUGACUCACCCUCAUAUUAUAGAAUUCCAUAUAUUUCUUACUUCCAUAUGCCAUUUUGUCAUUGCCUUCUGUGAACCAUUCCACCAUUCACUACAUUCAUACAUUUAAACUAGUCCACUACUUCUUUUGUUUUGGCAGGAUGAAGGUGAAUUGUAUAAACAAAGAAUUGAGAUGUGUAUCAGUAUGUGAAAUGCACACCCUGGGCUGUGCAUUACUGACGUGUGAUGGUGGCAUUUUGUUUAUAGUAAAUUAGCUUUUUCCAUCAUUAUAGCAAAAUGUGAAACAAAAAGUACAUUUUUGAUAUGCUUACCAGCACUCAACCCACCACAUCAUCAUGAAAGAAAUUAUGAUAUAAGACCAUAGCUGCCUUAUGCUACUGCUAGUAGGACCAACCAGUAGGUACUUCUGAUGGGACAUCCAUUGACACAUUACGCAUUACCACCGCCUCUGUGUAUUAAUAUAAAGGACAGAUUAGAUUGAAUACAAGUAUGAUGUGUUACAAACAUGUUAAUGAGUUCUUGGUAAAAGCUAGCGAAAUAGAAGAAAAUGUUUAGACUGACAAAUCUGUCCGUGAGAUUUUGUCAGACCUUGCUUGUGUGAAAGACAUGAGACGGUGAUGAAGGUCUUAGGUCGUAGGUGAAUGAUUUGCUUGACACUGGAACGCUGGCCAUACUGCUUUGUUCAUACCCUUUCUUCCUCAGCUGCUCACAGAGCCUUUGUCCAUCUCCACCUGUUAACCAGUAGUUGUGAUAGAAGUUUAUCCCAUUGAUCCCAUUUGCCAUACUGUCCACUUGACUGCUGCCUUCCUUUUUAUGAGUGGCCACACCUGGUGUAAAUGGCAAGGAUUGCCUGCCUUAACCCCGAGGGCUGUCCUGUUGUGUAGACUACUGUAGAAACGAAAAAAAGCUUGUUUACAUAAUAAUUAUUUGACUUAGGCUGUAUAAAUCUAAAUUCCUAUGGUUCACUUUGUUUGAUAACCCCAUGCCAAAUGCGACUUGUGCCUAGACUUUUUUUUACGACUGAUGUUGUAGUUUUACGAAGGGCUGACUGCAGGGCAAUUUGUCAUGAAAGUGUAAGAAUCAUGUAUUUUCUUACCCAUGGGAACAAGUGUUCUAAAAUCUGUGUGCUCACAUAUACAUGUGUAGAUAGAAUUAAAUCUAUAUGGCCAUUUCAGUUGUCACUGAGGUUCUUGGUCAUUUAUUUCAUUUCCUUUCAAGUGUUUUGUUCAUCAUAUGUUUCAGUGGCUGUCUGUCACCUCUCCAAGCAGAGGUUAGGCUCUGGCUGUUUUUUUAAAUGUUUUUUGGGGUGUUUUUAUCAGGCUUUCUGUUUUGUACCAUUUUCUUUGUCUUGCAGCUUAGUGCCAAUAAAAACAACAAAAAAACAGCUGAUGCCUAACCUCUGGUUGCCGAGAACCUUAGGGUAAUUCUGACUUGUUUACAAUGCACUGCAGCAUACAUGUAGGUGUUGCUGCUUACAGAUGUGGUCCCAAAUGCAUAUACGUAUAUUAAUAGGUAGUUGACAUGGUGUUUACAAUGGGGUUCCAAAUGUAAAGUGUAUUAUGUAUAUCAAUGUUGUCAAGUAACAAUAAUCUAUGAAAAGAAUUUGGGAAUGCAUCUGUAAACAGCAACGGCUAUACAUGUUCAUUUAUGUUAGACAUCCAGGUAAACAAUAUUCAAAUACAAUUCAAUCUCUACAACUUGAUAAAAAUGGAAUACUUCCGGAUGUUUUGAGUGACAUCCAUUGCUCUUUUUCAGCAUCACUAGAAUGAAGCAGCAGCCAUACUGCAGUGCAAUAUGAACCAGUCAGAAUGCCCAGAGGAAGGAGAGUCAGUAAAACAUUGGUUCAAUAAAACAUAUGGUUGUGUGAAGAAUGUUGUUGUGUGACUUGCCUACCUGAUGAAACAGUUCAAAGGUAAUUGUAUGUCCUCUGGUGCCUUUGUACACAGAUUGUGAUAUACUACAGAAAUGUAAACCACAAAGAUAUUCCUAUUGACUUCAGAAUAUGCAAUUUUCAGAAUGCUAUACUGUAGUGGAGCUAAUCAUCUGCUGUACAGUUUGUAAUGCCAAAGCCUUAAUUAUAUAUAUAUAUAUUAAACACCAUGCAAAUAGGACAUGAACAUGUGCCUUGCAUUGUGAACAUUCUAAAAUACUGCUGCAUAUCAGCUCUUAUGAUGUUUGGGAACAUGCAGAUACUGCACUACCAAAAUUAGCAUUAAUAUGUAUAAUAAUGGCACAUUUUAUUGUAACAUAAACAAUAUUUGUGGAAUGGGGUUGAUGUAUACUAGCUUGGAAUAAAGCAUUGAUGUUUUCACAAAAUGUUCUUGAUUCUGAUUUUUCCCCACUAUGCAAAUUUGGUGCUCAUG